CAACAACAAAUGUCACCAGAAUUAAUUGCCCAACUUCUAACAGCUCUGCAAGUCACCAAUCAUUCUGCCAACGCAACGGAGGGGGGAACAACGACAAAUACAUUACCAACUCCAGAACAAUUGGCAGCGCUCCAAAAGGCUCUGGCUGAAGGAGGGGGAGGAAAGGAAGGACAGCAAGGAAGUACAUACUUCGAUUUGCGUGCAAAAUCUAAAACUAAAUUGGUCAAUCCUGUCCCGAGUAAAUAUGCGGAUGUGAAGAAAAAGGAUGAGAGUAAAAAAUGAAUGGGAGGGUGGUUGGCAAGAGAAGGAAAAGUGAAGAAAGCUUGUGUGAUAGAUAGAUAAUAUAUGUAGUCAUAAUAAUUUUAAUAUGUAUUAUAUCCCUCAUAAUCUUUAAAUAUACAUAUUUAUUGUCCGUAUUAUGUAGUAUGUAGAUAAUAAU